AUCAAGCGCAACCGAAGCCAGGCCACAGCGCCAUUGAGCUGGGCUUCCAUCCAUAGACAUGUGGUAUAUUCGAAGCCAUCGCUUGGGUGUGUCUACUUACCUCCGUCCAUUUUAUGUUGUUUUGUCUAUAUGUUUCUGUUCUUGUUUGGAUUAGUUUCCUCCCGAGAUGUGCUGGCAAAAAGGAAGGGGAAAAAGAGAGAAGAAAUUUGGGAAAGGCGAAGCUUUGUCGAUUUCCUCUGAUUCUCUCCGAAACCGGUACCCGCACGCAGACACUUCACUUUCUCUGCCUUGUUCCAUCUGGUGCGACUCGCCUGUGUUCAACGGAGCUAUGCUCGGUGUUCAAUGGUCGGUAUAUAUUGAGCGUGGUGCUUGGCCACGGUUCGCCUUGUUGUGAAUUGUAGAGCUUACACAGUUGUAGGUGUAACACACGGGUGU